AUGGCGGGUGGUAUGCGGAAGGUUCCCUCGCCUCCCACGGACGAUGAAGUUCGAAUGAUGAGACUCAUUGGCAAUGAAGAUGGCACCCUCUUCCGCUUUGAGUCCAAAAAGGAACUGGCUGAGUUCAAGUUCCAGCGUUACAUGCAACGGUAUCUCCGUACCGUUCAGAGCAUUGACGACAAUGUCGGCCGAAUCUUCGAGCUGCUCGAUUCGGAUCCGGAGUUGGCAGAUAACACGAACGCCAUCUAUACAUCGGAUCAGGGAUUCUUUCUUGGAGAACAUGGAUGGUUUGACAAGCGCUUCAUUUACGAAGAGAGUUUUCAAAUGCCGUUGAUGAUUCGAUAUCCCAAAGAGAUCGAGGCUGGCAGUGUUUGCAGUGACAUUGUCUGCAAUGUAGAUUUCUCGCCCACAUUAUUGGAUUUCGCCGGCAUCACCACGCCGACGUACAUGCAGGGUCGAACGUUCCGGUCGAUUUUAGGCGGUAACUCCCCCGCUGAUUGGGAUCAACUGGCUUAUCACAGGUACUGGAUGCGUAAUGAUACAGAACACGAAGCGUAUGCACACUACGGAGUGCGCAAUCAUCGAUACAAGUUGAUCUACUGGCACUAUGACGAUUUGCUCGUCGAUGGAGCGCGGCCAGGAGGCGAGGAUUGUCGUAAAUGUGAGUUGUUUGACUGUCAGGAGGACGCGCUCGAGUUGUUCAAUUGUUACGCAGAUCCGAAGUAUGGGGAAGUCGUGAUCGAAAUGACGAGGUUAUUGGAGUGGAAGAUGAUGGAGAUCGGGGACGAGCCGGCUCGUGAGAAACUUGCCGGUCAAUAG